AGCUGUAGCAGGGACUAGCAGCCCAGGAGAGGGAGAGGGAGAGAGAGAGAGGGGCAGGUACCUAGAGUGGCUGAAGAGGAAGAUCCAGUCACUUACCCAUAAUUAGGAGAGCAAAACACCACCACAGAACAAGGACCCAAUCCUGGAGACUUGAUUUAUCGAAGGAAUUGCUGCUGUCCUAGGCACCUGCACUGCCUGUUUUCAUGAUAUUCUCAACACAGUCCUAAUACCAGAAAGCCCCAAGAUGCGAGCCCAAAUUGAAGUGAUCCCAUGUAAGAUCUGCGGAGACAAGUCUUCAGGGAUUCACUAUGGUGUCAUCACCUGCGAAGGCUGUAAGGGCUUCUUCCGGAGAAGCCAGCAGAAUAACGCCAGCUACUCCUGCUCGCGCCAGAGGAACUGCCUGAUCGACCGGACCAACCGGAACCGGUGCCAACAUUGCCGCCUACAGAAAUGUCUGGCACUGGGCAUGUCGCGUGAUGCGGUGAAGUUCGGCCGCAUGUCCAAGAAGCAGCGGGACAGCUUGUAUGCCGAGGUGCAAAAGCACCAGCAGAGCCAGGAGCAGAACGGCGUCUCCAAGGACGACUCCGAGGCCCUGGCCCGGGUCUACCCCACCAGCGUGAGCAGCGGGGUCUCGGACCUGGACGACAUCUCCCCGCUGUCGGACGGGCUCCUCUUCGACUUCCCCCUCACCCCCGAGGGAGGCAGCGCUUACUACAAUCUUGACCUCCUGACCUCGGCCCAGCCCUCGCCCGACCAGUCCAGCGUGGACGUGAGCGAUGCCAAGCUCAUCAAGCAGGAGUCCAUCUACGAGCUGAUGCUGGAGCCCGGCCUCUUUGCCCACAGCACCCUGGAGGGCAGCCAGCUCGCCUCGGACAUUUCGAUGCUCGAGAUCGACCGCAUCGCCCAGAACGUAGUCAAGUCCCACCUGGAGACCUGCCAGUACACGACGGAGGAGCUCAAGACGCUAGCGUGGAUGCUGUACACCCAGGAGGAGAUCAGGAGCUUGCAGAACAAGAGCUGCGAGACCAUGUGGCAGCAGUGCUCCCUGCAGAUCUCCAACGCCAUUCAGUACGUGGUGGAGUUCGCCAAGCGCAUCGACGGCUUCAUGGAGCUCUGCCAGAACGACCAGAUCAUCCUCCUCAAAGCAGGUUGCCUGGAAGUGCUUCUGAUCCGAAUGAUUCGGGCAUUCAACCCUUUAAAUAACACGGUGCUCUUCGAGGGGAAAUACGGUGGCAUGCAGAUAUUCAAGUCGCUUGGCUGCGACGACCUUAUCAAUGCUGUCUUUGAGCUGGGGAGGAACCUGUGCCGGCUACAGCUCUCGGACGAGGAGAUUGCGCUGUUCACUGCAGCCGUCCUGCUCGCUCCAGAUCGCCCUUGGCUCACAGAAUCCAAGAAGGUGCAGAAGCUCCAGGACAAGAUCUACAUAGCCCUGCAGCACGAGAUCCAGAAGAAACACUCCAGCGAGGAUAAGCUCUCGAAGUUGAUUUCCAAGCUGCCCUUGAUGAAAACCAUCUGCAACCUGCACUUGGACAAGUUGGAGUUUUUCCGGAUCCUGCAUCCGGAGACAGCCAUGAACUUUCCGCCCCUGUACAAGGAAGUAUUCAACUCGGAACUCCAGUACAGCGACCCGCGAGAGAGCUAAGGCUUGGAGCCGCCAGACCCUGUUUCAUUUCCCAAAGCCUGGAGAGGAACAGAAACAUUGGGGGCCAUGAGGAGGUUCAUUUAACUCAAAUAACCAAACCCGAGAGACCCUACGGGGUGAGGUGAUCUGCCCCUCUGCCCCACCUCCUCACUGUGGUUUGCAAUAGCUCUUGAAUGUAAUGCACCUUGAAGGACAAGUGAACUGACUUUGCCAUACCGGUGAAAUGAAUGUGAAAUCUCCACUCCCUCGAGGAGACACUCCAGUACCGUAUCAAUACCUUUCCUUAAUGCAUGAACCACCAUGGGGCACACACACGCUCAUGCAAUACAGCAAAGGAGCCCAGCCGCCAGCACUCAUCCCAGGACCAGCCCUUGUUCUCCUCUUGUUUCAUAUGUAUUUGUUCGUUUUAAAUGAAAUAAACACCAGAAAGAUGGAAUGAAAAAGGGGCAAUACAGACUUGGUGGGAUAGGUGGCUCACCAAAAACAGGCAGGGGUUGGGAAGAGAAAUAAAGUCCGGAGUUGAAUUGGACUGAAGCGUGGGGGAAAAGAAGACAAAAAUAGCAUCUUACUUUUAAUGUGCCCUGGGGUUAAUGACUACCCAAGGAGAAGGGGAACAGAACCAGGCCUGUAAUGACUGGGCCGCUCUGUGGAAAACAGGGAAGUAGAAAUUCAACGUCGUAUCCCCUUCUGAAGAAUCUAGCAGGGUAAGUGUCCAAACCUAACCAGAAGGGAUGCUUUAGUGGGGUCUGCACAGGGGUGGACUCCCUGUGAUCAGUGGUUUGAAUGCAGGGUCAGCUGUUCCUCUCACCCCUCCGAAUGCCAUACAUGUGAGACUUUCAGGGAAGUCCCUCUCUGCCCUGUACAAUCCCGGGCACUUUCUCUAAGAGAAGGGGUUUGCCGCUCGACCUGUGGCCAAAUACCGCUCUCCGGCUCCUGUACAGUGCUGCUGUGCGUUGUCCUUCCCAGAGGCAGCUGCAUUUUAGAGGUGCUGUGUGUACAUAGCGUCUGUGCUUUGGGGUGCCAAGCACCACACUUACUGUUGGCAUUGUAAGCAGUCAUUCGUUCCAGCCACGGCUGCUGUAUUUAUUUAUUUGUAUAGAGUCCCCUUUUAACGCUCUCCCAUGAAAUUCCCCGUCUCAGAUCACGUCCGGUGACUUUUUCUUCUCCCUAACUGCAUCCAGCGCUGCCAUGUUAAGCCUUCUUCUCCCAGAGGUGUAACCCACUCAGUGCAACCCACUCAGCUGGGAAAGCAGUGUUACCAAGGCAUCCCGGGCCUCCUUCGGUGCUGGUUCCCACACAAAGCCUUGUACCUCCCUGUAAGGGCGGUUAAUGUUCUCGUUCUCCAGGCAACAUACGCUACACAGCGCAGUACCUGCCAAGUGUAACAGGAUUAGGAAAAAGCAGUGAGCGGUGGCUCUGCCUGCUCUGUUCCUGGAGGUUGAAUCAUCCUUGACCCCAUUUUUCAGGAGCUUUUAGCUUUUCGGAUCCUAGCUUUUAGGAUUCGCUCUCUGAGUUGAACAGAAAGCAGGGUUCUCUCUCAGUGGAUCUUUUUAGUAACAGCAAAGUUACCAGGCGGGGAUGGGGGCAGAGGUUAUUAUUCCCCCCUCUAGCAUCUUCCCCUCCCCAGAGUUGCAGUUUUGGAAGAAGGUGAUGCCUCUGAGGAAAAAGAAGAGGGACUAUACUUGUGCAAUCAUUUGGGUGGAGGGAUACCGUCUCCUUCCACGCACAGCCCAGAGGUUGGUUAUACUGCGGGAGAGAUUAAACAGUCACCUGCUGUGGAUUAUUUUUUAGUUCCUGCUCCUGCUCCCAUUGUUGUCAAUGCCAAAUCGUACGAGGAGAAAACCUGGUUGCCAGAGGAACAGUGGUUCCUACUGAUAAAUAAUCAAAGUUCCAACUCCUUGCCCUUUUUCGUACUUAUUCCUUACGUAAUUAACCUCCCCCAUCCUAUAAGUCACCAGGAAGGUUUGAACCUACUAUCUUCAUAUCUAUAGUCCAGCCCGCUCCAUCUCCUGAGGUGAGCAAGUAAUUCCAUUAGCGAGCACUAGUCACUGGUUUUUCUUCUGCGUGUGGCCCAGCUCCUGGAGAGGAACAUGCUUGGCACUUAUUCAGGCAAACCUCCCCAUGGAGUCAGUGGAAACUCUGCCGGACUAAAGGUGGAGUAAAAAUGGAGUCAGAACUUGGGGCUUUAUUUUCCCUUAAAGUCACCAUACACAAAAUAAAGCUGAGCAUUAUUUCUUUUCUUGUUAACCACUGUUAGAUGUCUUUUGUGGGGCAUAUCAGAAUUCUCCACCUCCGUUUAUUAUCAUGGCAUUUUUCUCCACUGAUGGCAUGUUCCCAAAUUCACUCAUCUUUCAGAAGAAGGCUGCUGGCUUUCCCAGUAGCCCCUUGCAGUAUCGAGUGCCAUAUAUUGUUCUCCAAGGCAGUGUUAGCCGGGGUGGGGACGUAAUAUUCCUUUUUUUGCUAUACCCUCCGAUCCCAGAGCUUUGUGGACUUGAAAAGUCAGUAUUGCCUUUUUCAUACAUCGGGUUGUGCCUUUUUAAAACUCAUUUCCCACAGCACCAGUUGCUUAUCGGCUAUCUUCCUUGAUGGAAGGCAGACCUUAGGGGGCGAGCAGAGCGAGGUGCUUUGUUAAAGAGGUUUUGUCAGUUUCUGCGAGAGGACAGAAGUCCCUUUCUUAAAGGCAAUAGCCACAGCUGUUCCGAAAUGUUUGAAAAAAAAGGCACAACCCCCUCCCCCCUUGUGUCUUUGAUGUUCUCCGGACAAUGUGCACUAGGUUGAAAGUCGCCAUUUUCAUUUCAUCAGCGAAGAGGCCAAGAGAGCACCUUAAAUCCGGAAAGACUGAGCCCUCGCCGCUGAAAUGGCAAUUUCCCUGCUUGCGACACAGCGUAUGUCAAAGGGGGAGACAUUUUGGAUUCUGAGCAAUAAAAGCCCACAGGGAAAUUUAAGCAAGAGACUGGAAGCAUAAGACAUUGUAACCCAACCUGCCAACGUGCAGGAAGCAGGACUUUUUUCUUUUUCAAGGCACUGAAUUGUUGGUGAAAUGAAUUUUUUUUUUUUUUAAUACAUAAACCAGUUUGUCAAAACUCAUAGAGUUUUGGCCCUUUUCACAAGUGACAUCAACCUCCAACAGCUGAACGAGAGUAGGGCAUGCGUGAUUAUUUUAAACAACCUGUUACAGCUGAGAUCUUCAAAGCCACCUAGGGGAUUUAGGCAUGUUGAAAUGAAUGGGAGUUGGACAUCUAACUCCUCUAGGCGCUAUUGCAAAUCUCCACCUACAUGUGUACCGUAUAUACUUGCAUAUAAGCUAACCCCUUGUAUAAAUCACCCCCUAAUUUAGCACUGCAAAGCUCAGUGUCCCACGUAGGCCAGUUUCCCUAUACUCUUGUUCUGGCUGCACUGUCUACUUCCACCCCCCCACCCAAGCUUUCCGAACCUUAUACACCUUUCCCUCUGCUUCUCUCACCUUUGCCCUUUCUGUUCAAUGUUAUUCCCAGUGUAGUCAAGGAUAGUUUUGCCGGUGGGACCUGAUACACCUAGCUGCUGAGCACCCUCAUCUCCCACUGACUUGUAUGCCACUUGACGGUGCUCUGCACCUUGCGGGAUCGGGCCCCAGGUUCAGUCACUGGGUUAUCAUAAUCACCGUACUAGAGUGGCAUAGGAGUGUUUCACCCACCUGCCUCGCAAAUUAAUGUCUUGGCAUUCUAACAAAUGUAAUGAAUGUGCCCCUUCCCCCAUAUGGGAAGGAAACUGGGACUUGCAGGGCUGAAAGUAGGGACCUCUAUUGCUUGAGCUAAAGGAGUAACUCCACAGGCUGGUAGCAAUAAUGGCUCUUAUCCACUUAUGUGGGUAAGAGAUUAGAGGCAAGGCCUGUAACAUAUGCUGCACCAAUGGGGUAUACAUACAUUUCUCAGUUUAUAUGCCAGUAUACAUGGUGGGCCUUAGUGUAAAUGAGAUUAAGGCCUUUUUACACCACUCUGGCAAUAUGAAGUGGACUUAAAGUGCAAUUACACACAGUUUAAGGCCCCUUUAUGCUGUCAGAGUGGAUUAAAUGAGGCUCAGUGUAAGUGGGAAUCAGACCUGGUGGAUACAUGCACAUACACACACACCAAGCAAUAUAAAGGUAAGAUCACAGGUAACAUUUUCAAAAGUGCCUAUGUGACUUAGGCACUUAAACACCUUUGAGGCUCUUGGUCUGAAUACUACAGAUUUUGGUGGAAGUCAGGCGUCUACAUCCCUUUGAGAAUGGGGGCUUAGGAACCUAAGUGCUGUUUUCAAAAGAAACUUGGGUACUUAGGAGCCUCUAACUUUCAAUGAGUCUUAGGCUUCCACGUCAUUUUGGCCAAUGACUCUUAAGAGCCUAAGUCAGGUGCUUUCGAAAAUUUCACACCAAAUAUCUCUGACUCAUAGCUCCAGGCUGAGCAGGCUUUAGAUAGUCGGAUGAGUUUCUUUCAUUUGCUUUCCUUUUUUAUUUAAAAAAAAAAAAAAAGUUGAAUUGUGGAACCAAACAAAAAGUGAGAGCUCACUAUUUCCCAGAUAAAGAUCUAAUAUAUUGUUUUAUAUGAACAUUUAGCUGAGUGUGUUUUUCCACCUCUAGACCCCUCACACUGUGUAUAAAAAGAAGAAACGGCUAAUAUAUAUUCUUGUGAAUGUUGGUGCAAAAGAGAAAAUAUAGAACAUUGCAGUCAGUUUUAUGUUAUUUUUUAUCUAUAUGAAUGAAAGGAAGAAAUGCAAAGCAUUUUUCCAUCUAACACAACACACACACCCCCACCACCACCACCUGUAGGUACAGACAGGUUUUAUGGAAAUGUUUUACUUUUUAGACUUAGGAAAACACUUCUGUUCUCAUUGAAUGUCCUGUCUUGUAAGAUGCAUCCGAUGAAGUGAGCUUUAGCUCACGAAGGCUUAUGCUCAAAUAAAUUUGUUAGUCUCUAA